UGGGCCCAGCCCUAACCCCAGCCCCGGGAGUGGGAGUGACGGACACUCGAGCCCCGGGCCUGGCGGUGACUCUGACCCCGGGCCUGGCGGUGACUCUGACCCCGGGCCUGGGCGGUGACUCUGACCCCGGGCCUGGCGGUGACUCUGACCCCGGGCCUGGCCGCACUAUCUCGGGCUCCGGCGGGGACGGUGACGGUGGCGGCCCCCGGGCCCGCUACCGCGAGUGUAUGCGGGCAGCAAAGCAACAGGCCCGGGCCGGGGAGCUGCGGGAAGCGCUGGCCCUUGUAGCCGAGGCAGAGGAGCUGUGCCCGGGGCAGCGGCGGGCGGCCAGGCUGCGGGAGGCGCUGGAGGAGGCGGCAGCCGGGCAGGAGGAGGAGGAUGAGGAGGGGGAUGAGGAGGACGAGUGGGCCCCGGUGCCGGGCUGCAGCCUCCGCCUCUACCGGCCUCUCCUGGAGCGGCUGCUGCCCCACCAGAGCCGCGGCGUCGCCUUCCUCCACCGACUCUUCACCGAGCGCCGCGGCGGCGGCAUCUUGGCCGAUGACAUGGGCCUCGGCAAAACCGUGCAGCUCCUCGCCUUCCUCUCCGGCAUGUUCGACGCCGGCCUGGUGGCCCACUGCCUGAUCAUCAUGCCCGCCUCCCUGCUCGCCACAUGGCUGGCAGAGUUCACAGCCUGGACCCCCGGCAUCAGAGUCAGGGUGGCCUUCCACGGUUCGAAGGCGGAGCGUAGCCGUAACCUGUUGCGGGUUCAGCGCAAGGGGGGCGUGGUGAUCACCACCUACCAGCUGAUCAUCUACAACCUGGAGGAGCUGUCUCAGUUGGACGGUCAGCGCUUCGACUGGGAUUACCUGGUGCUGGACGAGGCGCACAAGAUCAAAGGGCACCUGAGCAAGACCACCAAGCAUGUCAACGCCCUCCCGGCCAAGAACCGGGUGCUGCUGACGGGGACACCGGUGCAGAACAACCUGCAGGAGAUGUGGACCCUGUUUGACUUUGCCUGCCAGGGCUCGCUGCUGGGGCCCCUGAAGGACUUCAAGCUCCUCUACGAGGCGCCCAUCACUCGGGCAAGAGAGAAAGACACCUCGCCGGCAGAGAAGGCCCUGGGUCUCCGAAUCUCGGAGAGCCUGAUGGCACUGAUCCAGCCCUACUUCCUGCGCAGGACCAAAGAGGGGGUGCAGAAGCCCGAGGAAGGGGGGGAGAGGCCUCCAGCGACGGAGAGCGAGACCCCCGACCUACUGGCUCUGAGCAGGAAGAGCGACCUGAUCGUCUGGGUCCACCUGAACGGGGUGCAGGAGGAGAUCUACCGCAAGUUUGUGUCGUCCGACAUCAUCCAGGAGCUGCUGCAGACCAAGCAGUCACCUCUGGUGCAGCUGAACAACCUGAAGAAGCUGUGCGACCACCCGCGGCUCCUGUCCAAGCGGCUGUGGGAGGAGCUGGAACUGGGCGGAGGGGGGGAGUACGAGGUGGGCCGAGUCCCGGUCGAGCAGCUGGUGAGCGAGUCGGGCAAGCUGCUCUUCCUGCUGGGCCUGCUGGAGAAGCUGAGGGAGGAGGGACACUGCACCCUGGUCUUCUCCCAGUCCCGGAGGAUGCUGGACAUCAUCCAGAGGGUGCUGGUGGCCAGGGGCUUCCGCCUGGCGCGCAUGGACGGCACGGUGACUCUGGCCGACCGGCAGAAGGUGGUGGAGAAGUUCCAGCGGGGCGGCGGCGGCUGCUCGGUCUUCCUGCUGACCACCCAGGUGGGCGGCGUGGGCCUGACCCUGACUGCGGCCAGCAGGGUGGUGGUGGUGGACCCCAGCUGGAACCCCGCCACCGACGCCCAGGCUGUGGACCGGGCCUACCGCAUCGGGCAGACGGCAGACGUGGUCAUCUACCGGCUCGUCACUUGCGGCACCGUGGAGGAGAAGAUCUACCGGCGGCAAAUCUUCAAAGACUCGCUGAUCCGCCAGUCGGUUGGAGAACGCAAGAACCCAAUGCGCUACUUCAGCCGCCAGGAGCUGCGGGAGCUGUUUGUGCUGGAGGACCCCAUGCGCUCCAGCACGCAGCUGCAGCUGCACUCCAUGCACGGGAGCCCGCGGCAGGCCGGCCCCGGGCACAGCCAGCACCUGGCCUUCCUGCGCAGCCUGCCCAUGUUCGGGGUGACGGACCACGGGCUGGUCCACGGCCGGGACGGGGCCCCCGACGAAGACGAGGGGGGGGACAGCGACCCCGUGGCGCAGCGCUACAUCCAGGAGCGGCUACGCCUGGCGCAGGACCUGGUGGCAGCCGGCACACUGGCGGCAAGAGAACCCGGCACCCUGCCGCCUCCCAUCCCACCCGCCCCACGCGGUCGAGGCCCUGGAAGAGCGAUCCCAUACAUGGAUUACAGAGUCACUCAGCCCCCUGCAGACUGGAUACAAGUGCCAAGCGACGGGGAGGAGGAAGAGGGAGAGGCUCCCGACCUCAGCGGUGUGGGUGAGGGAGAGGUCGAGGUGCCUGCUCCAGGCUGGAGAGACCAGCCGGUCGUCGUGGAUCUGACGGAGGGGCCAGGAGACGGGGAGACAGAGGAUUCCCACCGCAGCUGUGUGGGUGAGCCGGCAUCGCCGGAGGUGAUGGAGGUGGAGGACGACGACGUGUUUGAGCUGAGCCGCCAGAUGGCCGAGCUGCCGCCGCUGUGCGGAGUGAGUGUCGAGAGCCCGGCCCCCACUGUACCCGCUGCCCCAGGCCCCCACUGCCAGCUCCCCGGGCCCCUGGGCCAGCACCGGCCCCGGGGCCGAAUGUCUGUGGGAGUCACUCCCCACGGAGCGGGACCAGGGGUCGGACUCUCUCCCCGCCCGCUCGCCGGGUCACUCCGACUUCCAGCUUGUGCUGGAGGACACGAUGGAGGAGGAGGGGGAGUGGGAGGAGCGCGGUGGCUCGGACAGCGAUGGGUCGUCGGGAGAGGAGGUGAUCGGCAGACCCGGGCGCCGGGCCGUGGUGAUGUCCAGCGACGAGGAAGAGGAGGAAGAAUCGCCGGCUCUGUCCCUGGCCAGCCCCGACCUCCGCCUCCACCACUCCCCCCCCACCGCCUCCACGCCCAGGGCCUCUCACCCCCAAACCCCGGGCACCCCCAACUGCUCCUACGCCUCCCGCCGGUCGCUGGUCCGGUCCGUGCUGGAGGAGACGGAGGAUGAAGAGGAGGAGGAGGAGGAGGAAGAAGAUGACGAGGAGGGAGAUUACACCGAGGAGUCGGAGGAGG